AUGGCCGAGCUGUCGGCGGGCGAAAGAGCACGGAAAUGGCCGAUCGACGGGCUGCAGUCGGAUCGAUCGGACAAGAGCAUUGUGUGGGAGGCCGCACGCGGAAGAGAUCUAGGAGUCGCGGAGUCUGAGUCUGCGAUAGACUGGGGACUGGCACGUUGCGAGCUCCAUAGGGAUGACUGGAGUGUCAGAAGAGGUGGAGAGAGUCAGCUUCAUUGGAGUGGAGAUGCCGCAAGCAGAGUAGGUAGUAGAUCAGGGGGCCAUCCGUUGGGAGCUCGUCGCACCAUCCCCACGGGCGAGGCCUCUUGUCGAAUACCCGGAUUGUGGACUGACCGUAUGAUAUGCACUCUGACCAUCCUCAUCAAGGAUCUAGUCGAGGUGCAUUAG